GGGCUGCAGCCCAGCCAUCAGUGGAGAGGAAGCAUUCUUUGGCUAAAUCUGGAUCAGGCCUGAGGGGGCCUAGCUCUGCAACGGACUCACUAAACCAAGUCACUGCCUCUGGCCUUCAAUUUACUCGUCUGAAAAAAAAAAAAUGAAAGGAGGGCGUCCUGGAGGCGGUGCCGGCUCCGGGACUACAAGACCCGGCCUGCCUCGGGCCGGGAGUGGGCGGGGCCGGAGCCAAGCGAGCUGGAGCUCGAGCUUGGACAGCGGCCGAGGUGCAGCAGGUACCUGGGCCAGGGCUGCGGCCAUCGCCAUCGCGGGGCAGUGGGACGGACGGACUGGGGAGGCGCCGGGGUGAGCCAGUGCUAAGAGUCGCCGGCUCUGAUGUUCUGUGUUCUAAGGGACCCUUCAGCUGGGAUGCUCUGAGUUCUAGGCUUCUAUGACUUGGCAUUGCCUGUCUUACCCAAGACAGCAAUGGCCUAUAAGAAUGUGCUGAUCACCGGCUGCUCUUCUGGCAUCGGCCUGGCCCUGGCCGUACGGCUGGCCAAGGAUGAGCUGAAGAGGUUCAAAGUGAUUGCCACCAUGCGGGACAUGGCAAAGAAAGGACCCCUGGAGGAGAAGGCUGGGGAGACGCUGGAGAAGACGCUUCAGAUCCGGCCCUUGGAUGUCACCUGUGAAGACUCAGUUCGUCAGUGUGUGGCUGCCAUGCCGGACCAAAGGGUGGACAUUCUGGUGAGCAAUGCAGGGGUAGGUCUGAUUGGCCCCCUGGAAUGUCACAGCAUGGCAACCAUACAGCGGGUACUAGACACCAACUUCCUGGGGCUGGUGCGGCUCGUCCAGGAAGUGUUCCCCAGCAUGAAGCGGCGCCGCCAGGGGCAUAUUGUGGUCACAAGCAGCAUCCUGGGUCAACAGGGACUCCUUUUCAAUGAUGUGUACUGUGCUUCCAAGUUUGCCGUGGAGGGGUUCUGUGAAAGCCUCGCCCUCCAGGCCCUCAAGUUUGGGGUAAACAUCAGCCUUCUAGAGCCAGGUCCGGUGGUGACAGAGUUUGAGAAGAAACUGUAUGAAGAAGUAGCCUCCCUGGACUUCUCCAAGGUGGAUGCUGAAACUCGGGACAUCUUCCAAGGUUUCUACAUGGCCUACUCAAAAGAUGUCUUCUCUGCCUUGGGCCAGACCCCAGAGGAGGUGGCAGAGCAUGCAGUGCAAGUGAUUGGGGCAUCCAGCCCUCCAUUCCGCUGCCAGACCAACAGCGUGUACACACCACUGACCACCCUGAAACAUGCAGACCCGUCAGGCCAGCUGCCCCUCAGUGCUUUCCAUCAGCUAGUCUUCCAGCAUGACCGGCUCUUCCGGGCCAGCCUCAGCCUCCUCAAGAUGCUACAAUGGAGGAAGCGGCGCGACCUGGGCCCUCUGCCCAGGCCUCCAGCACCCCCCUGACUCCCAGCCCUUAGCUUCGACCCCCUCCCCCAUCUACCUUCUUCCAACAGCCCCACAGGGACCCCACGCUGGCAUUGACUAUGGUGUGUUUGUGGUAGAACGAGGUCUUAAGGUCCUAAGACCUGCCCACCUUCUCCUCUUCCUAGGUUGCUAGAUGCCCUAGAGCCUUGGGAAUUUUUAGUGUGCAAGGCAGGUUGGCUGGUCCUACCCCCAAUUCCUACUGCAGAUGAUGGCACAUUUUCUUAAGCCUCUUUGUCUGUUUCCCCCCUGUCCCCCAGCCCCAAGUUCUUCCCAAAGGGCCAGGAGCUUGCCUUCAAUGACCCUAGACACUGGGAUGUUACCAGCAUGGAGGCAGGGGCUUGCCCAUAGCCUGCACAAGCACAAGCCUAGGUGGAUCUAGGCCUUCUUGAGCAAGGUCUUCAUUGCCUAGAGAGGCCCUGAGGGAGGUGACUACCUUCCCCCUUCUAAUAAAUAUGCAUGU